UGUACCGGUAUUUACUAUUUGGAGUCUAUGAAUCUAGAGAUUCUAGAGUGAAAGUGGCAUUCCAGUUAAACAUUUGUAUUUUACAAGCCUUGCUAUACACUUUUUUCCUAACAUUACCUUUUGUUAUUCAGGAGUUUUUAGUUGGCCAAGUCAUUUUUGGAAAUAUUAUGAGUUCUGAGGCCCUCAACGAACAAAAAUUAUCGACUGUGGCUACAUGCCUAUCUAGUAAAGUGUCUGCUGACCCCAAUGAGUCUGAAGGAAAUAAUGACAAGUCUAAUGGAAAUUUGAAUUGCAAUCAUCCUAGUAAAUAUAGUAGCCAGGAAGAAAAAGGCAGUUUAAAUUUAGGAGAAAACAGUUGUGGAGAAACAAUUCCUGACACCCCUGAGUCUGAUAAUUUGAAUGUAGCUCUUGGUGAAAGCAAAAAUACUUUCAGCUGUGAGCAUAGUAAGGAAGACCUCAUUCAAUCUCUUAAUGAUAAUGAUAAUAGCAACAUUCAGGAUGUUGAUGACAUUGACAAUAGUAAUUCUGCAGUAAAAAAUAUUGCAGAAGGUCUAGAAAUUGAUACUUUUCAACCUUUCUCUCAGAACUGUGAAGAUGUUGAUAUGGAAGAUGUUGAAAAAAAGGAACUUUUGAGUGGAGAGUCCAAUGAACCUUUAUUGUCUAAGACUAAUCAGAGAUGUGAACAAUCUGUAAAUAAAAAAGAUAGUCUUGAAAACCAACAACAUAAAAUUAUUAGUCAAACCACUGAUGAUGUGACUUCAUCUGAAGAUAUACAGGAUACAAACUUACUUUCUAAGCUGAACCAACCUGAUGUUCCAAAAGAGGUUGAAGAUGUUGAGAUGUUAGAUAUGAGUGUUGAAAAUGUGGGUAACAACUUUGAAAGCACGACUACACAAUCAUCAGAAGAUCUAAAUAAAGACAUUAUUGAGAAUUCUGAAAGCAGCAAUAAACAAGACCAUACAUUGCAAGAUCAGAAUAUAAAUAAAACUACAGAGACCAAAAUAGAUAAUGAUAACUUUAUAGAAAGCCAGCCUGAUCAACCGUCUAUUCAGUCUUUAGAAGAAAAAGAUUUCCCAGAUUCUACAGCGCUUACUGAAGGGGUAACUAAAGACAACACAAAGACUGAAAGUGAAGAUUCUAGAGAAGAUCAAAGUAACUUACCCAAUUCACAGCACCCAGAAAGUAGACAGCCUCUGGAUUUCACACCAAAUUCUGAUUGCUCGGAGAACAAUCAAAUAAAAGCCGAAGUAAGCCAAACAUCUCAACAGUUUUCACUGCCUUCAGAAGAAAAAGUUUCACCAGACUCCAGUCAAGGCUCUAAGCUCUUUGAGUUAGAAGCAGAGAAAUCUGAUAGCAAAGAUUCUAGAGAAGAUCAAACUGAUCUGCAGUUUUCGCAAUCCUCCCAAAGAGAUACUCCAGAUUCCACAGAGAAAGAGACAGGGGAAAAGGCUGAAGGAGCGAUAAACGAUUCACAGACAUUAGAAGAAAGUAUUUGCCCAGAUUCUACACAGGAUCUUGAAAACACAGACAAAAAGGAGUCUGAAGAAAUGGGUGCCUGUGCAAGCAAAAAUCAGGACAAUGCAUCUGAUGAUGGACCUAGAAAAAAAUCUGCAUCAAAGAGGAAAGAAAACAGGAAUAAGAAAUACCGUUAUGGUGACAAAGAUACUGAAAGAUAUAGAGCAGGGUAUCCUGGACUAAAAGAUAAUAUAAACUGGAAAGACAAUUACAAGUUUUACAUGGGAAAGAUUGAGUCUCAACCAAAUGGUGACUAUAUUGAUAAGAUUCACAAAUACUGGGAAAAAGAUUACAAUCGUCUGGAACAACAUCAUGGAUAUAUACAGUGGAUUUUUCCCAUUCGUGAAGAAGGUAUGAACAGUCUAGCACAGCCAUUACAGUUACAUGAAGCAGAGGCCAUCCAGAAAAACUCUGUAGCUAAGGCUCGUGUUUUGAAAUCCUACAAGAUGAUGCUUGGCUUCUAUGGCAUGAAACUAGUAGAUGAGGAAAGAGGAACAAUUCAAAGAGCUAAAAACCAUCGGGAGUGCUUUGAAAAUUUGACUUAUCACACUCACAACUAUCUACGUAUCACUCGCAUUCUGAAGUCACUUGGAGAACUGGGAUACGAACACCUUAAGAAACCAUUCCUUGAGUUUGUCCUUCAUGAAGCUUUGGUGGAAAAAACUUUGGCCCCUACUUUGAGCAGUUGUGAGAAUUACUGGAUUGGAACAAUUAAAAAUGAUGCUGACAGGGAAGAACUUUAUACUCUUAUUGAUGAAAGCAGGCAGGCAAAAAAAGGUCGAGGUGCAGAUUCUAUUUAAAGACCAUCACCAUACAGUAAACUGCUUAUAUAGAUUUUAUAUAACUUUUAAUAGCACAUAUGCUAAUUAUUGAAUAUCUUGUAAAAUUUAAAAUCACCUUUCAUUUAUAUAUAUAAUAUUGACUUGUUUUGUUCAGAUGCUGUUACAUAAUUUGCAGUCAUCAAGGCAUCAGUUUUUUGUUGGAUAGUUUCCAUUUUUAAGGUUUUCUAUAAACAUUUUUUUUUUCAAUGGUCUAAAUGUUAAUUUGUUUUGUUUUAAUUUCAUGUUGACCUUUUAGUCAAUGACUUUUGUUCUUUCCUGUAGCUAACAUAAUAUGUUUAUGCUAUCACCCUUUUGCUCAGUACUAUUUGAAAGAAGAAUUAAUCAAGCUAGUUAAAAGUUUCUCUUGAUGUUUGAGAGAAAAUAUUUCUUUGUUCUGUGAGAAAAAUUAGAAAAAACAUAACCCAAUUUUUAUCUGGACUAUUACUCAGUGGUUCCUAUCAUUCUAUUUUAAUUGUAUUUUUCAUAAUGGCCUGCUACAGAUAGUGGCACUCUACUUGCAAUUCUGAUACCAUCAUCUUAGGCGUGCUCAUGUACUAGUAACUCUAGUGCAAGUGUCCCCCAAUGUGAUAUGUGUUAGUAUAAUACAGUAGACAUAUCAUUGCCUUCUACAACAUCGUGUGUUGUAAACCUUAUUGACAUAGAUCUCUGUAGUUAAUUGAAAGUAUAUUCAUUAUCCAAGUUGUACAGUACAAGUAUGCUUUAGGGUAAUAUUUUCUAUUGUUAAAUUUAGUAGCCUACCCACCAAAGCCAUAUUGUAUUUCAAUUUCAGAAAGUAAACACUUUGAAGCCAUAUUACUUGCUGCUGCACAGCUGUUAAUUUAUGUCAUAUCCCAUAACACAAAUACCAUUUUGUAUUCUCUGUAACUUUUGAGUUCUUAUCAGCCAAGAAGUAGUAUAAAGUUAUUUUCUAAUGUUAUUUACAAAAAAAAAAAGGAAUGUGAUAUAUUUUGUUAAUUUUGUCAAUACUCUAUCAACUGUGUGGAGAACUUAGGCAUGUUACCCCCUGGCCUAUAACUAGUAUUAUCUGCAUUUUUGUUUUUGUUUUGUAAAAAUGUUUUUGAGGAUGAGGAACUUGUGAAACUCAAAAAUAAGGGAGGUAACUAAUAAUAUGAUGAAACUUUUUGUCAAAGUCAUUCCAGGAUGCUUGUUCUUCCUUGUAAAUGUCAAAUUAUUUUUUGCCCUUUUUGAUUCAUUAGAUCCAUUAGUCAUAAUUUUUUUUUUAAAGUUUUGUUUGAAUUUGUUGUUAGAAUGAGAAUCAUUGUUAAUUGAAAACCAAUACAAACAUUUUAUUUAAUUUGCUCUUGGAUAUUCAAGAUAGGACAUAAUAUGAUGGAAGUGAUGGUAAGUUGUGUUAUACCAGGUACUGUAAAGAUAAGUGUUCGCUUUAGAAAUAACAACUAUAUUCAUCAUUAAAUUACUAAAAAUAUUUUUGAUUUUUUUUUUUUUUUUAAUAUGUUCAUCUGCCAUAAUUUUAGUUUUUGGUGUUUGCUGUAUUCUCUAAACUCAAGUCUUUGAUUUCAGUUAAUCAAGAAGACUAACAGAAUUUAUUUUCUUUUAGCUAUUCAUUGUUUAGUAUCAAGUUUUCAUGUGCUCUUCAAUUUUAAUACAGUAGUAUUUUUUUAUAUUUUAUAAACAAUCACCCAUGAUUCCACAAGAACAUAUAUGUGGCUAUUUUUAUGAGUGAAGUUUUUUUGACACUUUUUUUUUUUUUUAAAUUUAGUUAUGCAAAUUGUCUCUACCAACUUUAAAUUAAUGACUUAUAGUAUACAAAUAAUAUUCAGCCAUAUGUAAGAUAGGUGUGAAACCUUCAACAACUCCCUGGCAUCUUACUGAAAGUUUGAGAUUUAUAAUACAAUGACAUUGGACACAAAUAGUGCACAUCUUUUUAAUUGACUUUUUUGUUUCUGUGUGCCUUUGAACUCAUUCAACACACAAUGUGAUGUAUUCUUUUCAUUUUAUCAACAUGUUGUUACAUUGUUUCAACUGAAGAAGUGUUUUGUGAUUUAUAUUUAUAUUCCAUGUUUGAUAUUGAAUAAAAAAAGAUAGGGAAAAAAAAUUGUUAAAAGUUGUUUUUUUUACAUUGUCUCAAAUUCUUGGAAUGAUAGUACAGUAUAUUAUCAGUAUAUGUCUUUUAUACUCGUAAAAUAAAUGUACUUUUGCUGUUUUAGAUGUCAUCCAGACAUGAAAUAGUGUGAGAAUUUAUGAUUUGACACAAAAAGAACUUUUCCCAACUAUGUCCCAUUGUUUAGAUACCUAAUUCUAAUGGUCUAUGUCAUAGUGAUAUAGAAGGCAGUUCCUAUGUCAAGCAUUCUCUUUUGAAAGAAUAUGCAAAUUCACAAGUUUGAUAAAAGGCUUAAACAAAACAAAAACUACUAGAGCUAAUAAGUGGGUCCUGUAUACUCUGUUUAAUAAACUGAACAUCAGAACAUUGAACAUUUUUUUUCACAUGGAUUCUUUGUAAUGGCAAAGCGAAUGACCAAUAAAUUAUUCUAAAUCAAA